GGCGAGUAGUUUGUACUUCGCCGAAUUAAGUUUUCACGGGAACAAACGAUUUGGCAUCCUGCAAUUCACCGUUCUCUGCACUGACAACCAACGAGAGAGGAGAGCUUCGAAGUUCCCAUGGCGGAGAAGCCGGAACCCGUGCGUGUUCUCUACUGUCAAAUGUGCGGUUUGCCGGCUGAGUACUGCGAGUUUGGGCCCGACUUUGAAAAGUGCAAGCCCUGGCUCAUCCAGAACGCGCCAGAUCUCUAUCCUGAUCUACUCAAAGAGGCUAACGAUAGGCAAGCGGAGAAGGCUGCAGAGCAGCUGCAGGCUGUUGGGAUUUCGAGCUCGGGUGAUGGUGGAGGUGCACGCGAGGGCCAGGCGGAUCCUUCUGCAUCUAAGCCAGAAGAGGUAAAACGUCUUCCUGGCGGUAAGAUAAAGAAAAAGGACAAGAAAGAAGUAGUCAUUGAAAAGAUUGUUCGGAAUAAGCGUAAGAGUAUAACUGUGGUCAAAGGCUUGGAACUAUUUGGUGUUAAAUUAAGUGAUGCAUCGAAGAAACUUGGGAAGAAGUUUGCAACUGGAGCAUCUAUUGUUAAGGGUCCAACUGAGAAGGAGCAAAUUGAUGUCCAAGGAGAUAUAUCGUAUGAUAUAGUAGAAUUCAUCACAGAAACUUGGUCAGAGGUGCCGGAGUCUGCAAUUUUCUUCAUUGAAGAUGGAAGGAAGGUUCCUGCUGCUUGAUUUAAAUAACAGUAGAAAUUAACUCUUGCCCAGAAACCAGUGGAUGCUUCAUUUUGGUAAACAUUGUGAUUGAAGCUCAUAUUUAGUAAAAUAUUUAUUUUGAACUCCUAAUCCUUUCAAAAAAAAAAAAUAAUCUUUUACUUGUAAAAAAAUUAAAAGUAUUAUAUGCAGUUAUAUUAGAUUGAUGGUUUUGCCACAAUCUGUUUUUUGUAACUUGUUGUUUUGUUAAUUUAUGUCUGCUUCUAGAAACAAACAAGUUGCAUCUGUACUUUUGUAUUCAGCUCCAGAUUUAUUUCUUAGUUCCGUCUCAUCUUAGUUCCGUCUCCUCUUCUAUAUAAGGAGACAUAUGUAUGAGUUGCAGACAUCAGACCUUAAGCCAAGAGCCUACUUCUCUCUUCGAGUCUAAGUUUGUGAGUCUUCUAUUUUCAAUAAAAAUUUCUUUAAGUU